UUGGGGGCCAGUUGCCAACUGGGGACUUCCUGUUGCUGCUAUUAAUGACAUGAAAAAAUCGCCAGAAAUCAUCAGUGGCCGAAUGACAUUUGCACUGUGUUGUUACUCCUUGACUUUCAUGAGAUUUGCCUACAAAGUGCAGCCAAGGAAUUGGCUUCUUUUUGCAUGCCACUUGACUAAUGAAGUUGCACAACUCAUUCAAGGAGGACGACUGAUCAAAUACAGGCUGGAGAAAAAGAACUAAAUCUAACUUGAAAUAAGCCAGGGAAUGUGUUCAUCCCAAAUUACAACCAAGGAGGACUUGCCAUCUACAGUUGCAGUGACAAUUGCAGUGGGGGUCAAAUGGAAACACCUAUUAUGAAUAAGACCCCAUCAAGAAUCCUUCAACUACUCUUUUUAUCUUGCCUUUUUAAAACUACUGUUCAGCAACGUAAACCAUUGCAUUUCAGUCUUGCUGCCUUACAGGUCCUUAAUAAUUACCCCAUCCAAAUAACAAGCAAUAUUUGAAAACCAACUUUUUUAUCUAACAGUCUACAAAAGUGGCCCCUGAUGAUUUGACAGAACUUGUUUUCAAAUCAAUGUGAACAAAGGUCAG